UACCUUCAACUGGAGGGCAGACAUCGUAAUUAACGUUCAAAACUAUGGCUCUUCGAAACCAUCUCGUUAUUUAUAUUUCGUAAUCCCAAAUCCCAAAUCGGAAAAUCAUUUUCUUUUUUUUUCAGCUUGAGCUUCUUCUCCCAGCUGUGAAAUCGCAAUCUCUUUUAACAUGCCGCCGGCAACGAGAAAUCUGCAGUCGAGUUCCGGCCACCCGCCUGCCGGUGAGCCUCCCGAGCCGAUGACGGUGGAUUCCGACGUCGUGGUGAUACUUGCGGCGCUGCUCUGCGCGCUGAUCUGCGUCGUCGGGCUGGCUUUGGUGGCCCGCUGCGCCUGGCUUCGUCGCUCCCUUGGGGGAGCUUCGGUGAAUCCGCCGCCGCCGACUAAAGGGCUGAAGAAGAAGGAUCUGCGGGCUCUCCCGAAAACGUCUUUUGACAGCACGGUGGCCGCCAGAGGCCGGUUUGCCGAGUGCCCGAUUUGCCUUGCGGAGUUUGUGCAGGGUGACGAGAUCCGGCUCUUGCCGCAGUGCGGCCAUGGAUUUCACGUUCGUUGCGUCGACACUUGGCUCGGAUCUAACUCUUCUUGUCCCUCCUGCCGCAAGAUUCUCGUUGUUCAUGGGCCUUCAAAGUGCGAUCGCUGCGGCGCCAGAGCUGUUGCCGGUGAAGAUGCCACGGAAGAAGCGUCGGCGGCGUCGGCGGCUGCUUCUUCAGCGGCGGAGAACGGGGCUAAAGCCAGGGAGGACGGCGACGCCAUCAGCCUCAGAGAAGAUGGAGAAAUUACUGUGCGCUGAUUCUGACCGCAGUUCUAUCCAUUCAGAAUGAGUCACAUUAACAAUAUCAAGUACGGAGCAAUGUCGCGCUGCGGUACCGAAUGGUGCCGAACAAUUCCUAGUUGCGAUGCGAUACCGAUGUGGCUCAUUCUAAUUGAUCUUUGGACGGCAUUCACAACUUCACUGCGCUACAGCUACCAAAAUUUUGCAGUUGGAAAGAUGAGCAUAGUUAUAUUGAAGCCCCAAGUAUUUGACUCAACUAACGUGAAAUCCAUGGCCUCAUUAUGCCAAACUCCGCAAUGCAGAUCAUUUAUUUUGUAAGCUACCAUUAGGUCGUCAAAAGAUGUCUUCAGGAGGAGAUCUCGCAGAGCUAGCAGAGCAACAUCGCAAGAAUGAAAAUGACAUCAGAAUCAAACAUUGUAAGCUCAAGGGAUCUUAAUGGUCGAUAGGGGGUUUGAUCUCGACUGGAGAUUUUUCAUUGCUUGCAGCAUCGUGAAAAGAGAUGGAGAGAUUUCACAGUUGGGAGAAGUUGAAGGAGAAGAUGAUUUGGGUUUAGAUUUUGGGAUUUCGAAUUUUGGUAUAAAUAGCGAGAAGGUUUCUCAGAUCCAUGGUUUCGACCGUUAAUUAUGAUGUUUUCCCUUUCUGGGUGUAAUUUUGCCAUAUUAGGGUUAAAUAUUAUGCAUGAAAGUGCCAAAACCCUGCAUUGGCUAAUUAUGCAAUAGAUGAAAACAUGGACUUAUAAGCAGUUCAUCUUA